AUGCAAUCGCGUCUGCUUCGCCGCUUCUACCCACCCACCAUGAUCCCCCUCGACUUCCUUCGUGGCCUCCCCCAGCCAUCGUCGUUGGAUUCACUGGGUGACGUCCUCGCCACUGAUGUCUCCAACUCGCACAUUGUGUCCCUCCUCGACUGCAUUCCUUUGACAUCGGCGCCUGCUAUCUUUUCGCCAGAUCUUUCACGACCACCGCUGAACCACGACACACUUCGUUCAUUCGUCCAACACUUUGCGCUCCCCACUAAGCGCCAACUUUCUCCAAACCAACGAGUGAUGGUCGCCCUCCCUACUGGGCCGGAAAACGCGGUCGCCCUCCUUGCCAUUGCUGCCUACCAUACCGCUGCCCCAGUCAACGCCGCUUGUACUCCUACAGAGUUGCUUGACGAUGCUCGCCGGUUAAGAGCACGCGUUAUCCUUACAACACGCGACGCAAAGUCACGUCUUGAACUCGAUCGACUUGCACAAGAGCUGGAUUGCGAGAUUGUAUUCCUUGAACCACGCUUUUCUGGGCCUUGCGGCUUAUUCGACAUGGCUGCGAUGAAUUCACCCACUCAAACGCCGCCUUGCCAACCGACGGAACUCCAUCGCUUGGCCGACCAAAGUCUGAUUCUUCAUACUUCUGGUACCAGUGGAAAGAAGAAGGUCGUUCCCUAUUCGCUGCUCUCUCUCGUCGUUGGCACCUGUGCUGUGGUUCAGUCUUGGGAUCUCCGCGAAGCCGAUGUCAACCUCAAUAUGAUGCCUCUUUUCCAUGUCGGUGGUAUUGUCCGCAACCUUCUCGCUCCCGUUUUCUCUGGAGGAAGUGCUAUCAUAUGUGCGGGGUUUGAUGCUAUGGCCUUCUGGACGCUGGCUCGCGAUCUGCAAGCAAGCUGGUAUUACGCUGCGCCGACCAUCCACCAUGCAAUUCUUACUUCACAGCCCGCGGAGAUCGUUCCUUCGCGGGACCUUCGAAUACGCAUGAUUGCUAAUGCGGCUGGUGGACUCCUCCCGUCCCUUGCGGUGAGCCUAAAGUCCACCUUUGGGGCUGUAAUCCUUCCAUCGUAUGGCAUGACCGAAUGUAUGCCAAUUGCUUCACCUCCCAUCAGUUACCAACUCGACCGGCCUGGUUGCUCGGGCGUCGCAUGUGGACCUCAUCUGUCGAUUAGGGACCCAAGCAAUCUUGAGCAUGAGCUACCCCGCGGCAAGACCGGGGCAAUCUGUGUUCGUGGUCUACCUACGUUUGAGGGUUACGAAGUAGAACCUGGCGAAGCCCUCGAUACCUCGACAUUUACAACCGAAGGAUGGUUCGAUUCAGGUGACUGCGGUCAUAUGGACCAGGAGGGGUACCUUUUCAUUACGGGUCGGUCAAAAGAAAUCAUUAACAAGGGAGGAGAGGUUAUAUCACCUUUUGAAGUCGAGGAGGCUAUUGUCACUGCAGCCAAGGGCCACGUUAAGACGACUCUGGCAUUUGGAAUUGAACACGAUGUGUUGCAAGAGACUAUCGGUGUAGUCAUCGUGGCUGAACCCGAUAGACCUCGAAUCGGGCUAAACCAGCUCUUGGAUCUGUUGAAGGACCACCUCCAUCCGUCCAAAUGGCCUUUUGCGAUCGUCUACAUGGAGGAUGUGCCAAAGAACCAGGCCGGAAAGCCGCUUCGCAUCAAGCUGGCUAAUAGGCUGGGGAUUGGAAAACUCUCCGACUCGGUAUCGCCCGUAUCCAGACACUAUGAGGCAACACUUCCUGCGGACCAAUCGAACCUUUCGGAGCCCAUUCCAUGUCAGAACGUCGAAGUCGAUUUCGAUUCCGUGGUUCAGGCGCUUCGCACAGUCUAUGGUGUUGCGGAUGCGGCCCUCCGCAGUCGUGGGGACAAUUCACUGGAGGCCUUUGUGUGUGUCGAAGGGAUUGAUGCAUCUGAUGUCUCUGAUGCACUCAAACGGCAACUCCCAGGAUAUGCGAUUCCGGCCCCGAUUCACAUUGUUCCUGGCGAACGAUCGGUUCCGAAAGCCGGCAGCGGCGCUCCGGACUUCGGCGCGAUGGAAGCCGCAGUGGCACGUGGUCAUGCCGCUGCCUUAAGUGAGCAUGCCAGGCUUGUUCGCGACAUAGUUGGAAACUUGCUGUUGGCUGAUGCCAAGCUCAUCACUCCCGAUGCAGACUUCUUUCUCCUCGGCGGAAACUCCCUCCUUCUUGGCAAGCUCGCUCAUCAGAUUCGGAGACGAACGGGAGUUGCCAUUGGUGUUCAGGCCCUCUUUGCGAAUAGCACCAUUCAAGGCAUUGCGUCUAUGAUCGAGUCGGAAAACAAACCCAACUCGAACCAAAACCCAUUUAAAGACCCUCAGUCUGGCCCCAAUAUAUCUGCUCGAACAAGCGAGGCGACACUCAACAUGGGUUACGACUAUGAGGAGGACGUGGAGGUAUCGCAAGAGAAGACGAGGGGCCAGGCUCACCCGCUGACUCUGAUAGUUCAGCUCUUACCAGUCGUGCUGUUCUAUCCGCUCAAGACGGCCAUGACCUGGACUAUCCUUCUUUUGAUGCUCUCGCUGCUGGCGCCACACGUCGGUUCAUUUUGGGGACGACUUGGUGCACUGCUAGCUUCGAUUGUUGUUGCGCGUCUGGCCACGCGCAUCAUUGCACCACUGACCUCCAUCCUCUUCAAAUGGCUGAUUAUUGGCAAAUAUAGUCCAGGAACGUAUCCCAUGUGGUCGACUUACUAUCUGCGUUACUGGAUUGUGAAUCAAAGCAUUCGGGUUGCUGGUCGCGGCGUUUUCUCGAUGCAUCCCUGCCUAGAGCGCUUGUACUAUCGGUUACUCGGGGCUCGCAUUGGCCGGAAUGUGACGAUCGAAAAAGGCGCUCGUCUGGGAGAGUAUGAUCUGCUCACCUUCCGAGAUGGGUGCCGCGUCGACAGAAAUACGGUCAUUCGUGGCUUCUGUGUUGAGCGCGAGGGGUGCUUCCGAUUAGACCCCAUUGUCAUCGGCGAGCGCUCGUUCGUCAAUAGCUAUACUCAACUUGCCCCAGGCUCCAUCAUCCCAGACAACACUGUUUAUGGGCCUCAUUCGUCUGGUCGUGACUCGCCGUCUCCGAGAUCAUAUGCUGCCUUUAACAGGACUCUCAUCGCGGAACCCAAUGGCUGGUUAAAGCUAUUCAUUGCCUGGCCCAUUAUUGCUCUCGUGCAUUUCGUUUCCUACAUCCCCUGGUUUGUCGCGAUCUGGUUGAUGGUUCACCGAGUCGACAUGGCCUUCGCUGAUAACUUGAACGCGGUCGAAGCCGUGGUCUAUUGGUUUUCGUCUCCCGAACGCGUUGCUUAUCAUGCUCUUUCGCGUGUUGUUCGCGCUGUUAUCACUCCGUUGUUGCGUCUGGUCUGCGGCAUUCUCGUCAAACGCGCCUUUGGUCUCAACCGCGAGAUGGUAACAGCCGACAUGACGCAGUGGGUGCAUUUGCGUCGCUACAUCAACUCGGUGUUGCUUUCACAAUCUGCGCUCAAGUCGGCUUUCUCAAUUCUCGGUACUCACUACGAGGUCAUUUCAAUCAUUUACCGCUCCAUGGGGGCUACGAUCGGUAAACGGGUCUACUGGCCUGGGUCAGGUAUCUACUGUCCCGACCCAGAACUGCUCGAAAUAGGCAACGACGUUGUCUUCGGAUCCCGCAGUGAAAUUUUCACGACAGAUCGCAUCGGCUCUGCCCGCAUUACCGUUGGCGAUGGAGCAAUGAUUGCGGACCGUGUCAUCCUUUUGCCAGGCUGCAAGGUUGGACGGCAGACAGUUAUGGGCUCUGGAGCUCUUGGUAUGCGCGACACAGACUAUAAGGACGGCUCUACGUGGCUUGGUACUGAAUGUCUUGACGAAGGAACCAAGUCGGAACAUUCGGAUACUACGACGCCUUUCGGACGUGCUUUCUACCAACGUCAAGCAGACUACUGGGUCAUGCCAUACUGGGUUAUUCUUUCGACCAAUAUUCUUGUUGCGACGCUCUCAGCAGCUUAUUGGUCAAUCAGCGCUGUGGCGGCAGCUCAGGUCCUCCGAGUAGUCCAUCUACACCACGGCAAACACUUCCACAUCUACCGUAAGGACUGGUACCGUCCGGGGUAUCUUUACGGUUUCAUCGCCAUGUCUUUCGUCGUUGUUCUGAACCUGCAAGUCCUGAUCGCUCUUCUUUGGGUCAUCGUUUCGAAGUGGAUCGUCAUUGGCCGACGCAAGGACGGUCGCUACUCGUGGGACAAGAGCAGCUACUGCCAGCGGUGGCAACUCCAUCUCACAAUGUCACGGUUGAUUUAUAAAGGCUACGGAAAUGGCGGUCUGCUUGCCCCGCUUACCGGCACCGCAUAUAUCGUCAUGUACUUCCGAGCUCUCGGUGCAAAGAUUGGCAAAAAUGUCGCCUUAUACCCUGGUGGUUAUACUGGGCUUAUGACAGAACCAGAUCUCGUUCAGCUGGGUGCCAACGUCAGCCUAGACGAUUGUUCGGUUGUGGCGCAUAUCAACUCGCGCGGAAACUUUGCCCUGAAUAGCCUCAGUAUCGGAAACGGAUGUGCCUUGCGAACCGGUUCUCGUCUGCUUUCGGGUGCUUCGAUGGAGGACAGCAGCAUGCUUCUGGAGCACACACUCCUGACUUCUGGUGAGGUCGCUGACGCUGGGGUUGUGUAUUCUGGGUGGCCGGCCAAGCCUGUCGACGACAACUGGCAGCCUAGAUACAAAGACGAUGAGUCCUCGGGAAUAAUAUGCCCUCAAUGUCGCAACUUCCCCAAGGACAUGACCACGACACCUUGCGGUCACAUUUUCUGCCAUUCGUGCAUUUCAGACUCCAUUUCGACACGAAAUAAGUGUCCAGUGUGUGCGGAGAGUAUUUUCGCGCGGAAUCUGAGGCGAAUAUACCCUUCGUUUGCGCUUUGA